UCUCAGAAGUACCCGUAUGUGCGACGGGCGGAACUCCCUGCCCGGGGAAUUCAAAACAAGUCUGUUUCAUCUCAUCUCCUCCCAGGAAGAAGAACUUUGACUGCAUCUUAAAUUGUAAUACGUAAAUAAGCUAUUUGAAGAAGAAACAGCCAAUUCCACCAGCCAUGAGUGUUUAUCCAAAGCAGUAUGCAGAUGUUAACAUUGUGGAAGAACAGAGGGCAAAGUGGGAAAAGAAGCGUAUUAGAACAACCAAGGAACUUAUUGAAACAGAACGGAGAUAUUUUGAACAACUGGAGCUUGUUUCAAUGUAUUUCAUUGAAAUUUUGAAAGCAAAGGGAACACUAAAGCCCAAUAUCCAUGAUGCGAUAUUCAGCUCAAUAAAAUUGAUUCAUUCAGCCAAUCAGAGAUUUCUGGGCAACCUGGAACAUGGCGAGUUUGGACUAGGAUUUGAAAACUUAAGCAGUCAUCUGCAUUUCUAUAAAAUAUAUGCUGAUAACAUGGAAAAUGCUUUCAAAGUUCUGCAGAUUCAAAUAAAGAAAAACAAGUCAUUUGCUCGAUUUAAGAAGCUGCAAGAAACAAGGCCGGAGUUCAGAGGCUUGGUGCUAGAAGAUUUACUUACUCUUCCUCUCCAACGAAUUCAGCAAUAUAAACAUUUUCUAAGAGACCUCAUAGAAAAUACCAGUCCUGACGGUUCUGGUUUUCAACAACUUACAAGAGCUUUGAAGGCAGUUUCUGACAUAUCUGACCAUAUCCAGGAUAGUGCAAGGAAACGUGAAAAUUACCAAAAUAUACAUAGAGUUCAGAAACUGUUGAAAGGACGAAAAACCAUGGUCCUGGCAUCAGGAAGAUGGUACAUUCGUGAAGGGUGGAUUAAUGUUCUGCAUCCAAAAAGCAAGGAGGCAAAACAAAAAAUGGUUUUCCUAUUUUCAGAUAUAUUGCUUGUAACCAAACCGUGCCAUCCCCUGCAUCCUACAAACUCCAACAAGUUUUCCUGCCAAGCUGUUUAUCCACUCCUAGAAUGCUCUGUUGAUAAAGUGUUUGGAUACACAAGGAGUCAAGGAGGUCUAAUAAGUUUAACCUUCCCACAUGAGAAACUUCUGCUGAUGUCAAAUGACCAGGAGGACAUAAAUGACUGGUACCGGUGCCUGUCGUCUGCCAUCGGCCAGGUCUCCUCUACUAAGCUGACUGCUUCUGCUACUACUACUGACCUUGUGAGCUGCUCAACAAAGGUCGGAAUAGAUUAAUUGAUCAGCUAGACCAAGCAUAUGACAGUCUCAGCCUUAAUUGAAUCCCAAAAGGGGGCAGACUGGGUUAUUAUUACAGGAGCAAUCCAAUACCAUUCAUUAAAGACUCUACAGACUAUGCAGCUUGCUAAUUAGUUUAUUAUACAGACACCUAUGAUGAGCAGAGUUGUCAUUUUGCCCUUUAUCGCACAGGGGAUGUUAUUAAAAGUUUAAUCAGGUAGUACUGACCAUCUCUGAUGGCUUGAGAAUGGCCAUUACCAGGGUCGCCCCUGCCAUACAGCAUCUGACAGGAUCACAGCUGGAGGUUUGUAUUUGAGCUGUUUUAAACAAGUUAAAUGUUACCCUGAAGUAAAAGUAGUUUUUUUUUUUUUUUUUUUUUUUUUUUUCUUUUCCCGGUAAAGUGUCUAGUUGUAGUCAAUAACAAGCAGCCUAAUAUGGAUCUUUUUCAGUACCCACUGUAUUCCUAAAAAUAAUAUGUAAGGUAACAUCAAAACUUCAAUAUUUUUAAUGUAAUAACUGUUUUAAAAUGUUAAAAUGUGGGGGAAAAUAGCUUAGGACAAGAAAAGAGAGCCUCUAUUUUAUUAUAACAACUUAAGACAUUUGUUUUAUCUAAUGGCAGAAAAAACAUUUUUUUUCCCAAAGCAUAUCUAUCUUGUCAGUGUCUUAAAGAAAGGAGGAGAUCAUCUUGGAGAUUAGUUUUAAUUCUGUGAAGGUGACAUUAGAAGCUGAUGAAAUGAAUUGCCCUUUAUCCUUGUUUGCCUAUGGUUCUUUAUCUUGAGAUUGAUUAAGGAGUCAUUUUCCUAACUUUUUUUUAAAGUGAUGAAGUCUUAUUUCAUUAUUUUCUUUUUAAAUUUCCUUAUUUUUAUUUCCAGGACACCUUGUUUUAAAUAAUUUUAACCGAGAAUGUGAUAUUGAAAGAAAUGUUCAUGCAGUUUGCAUGACGAAGGUUUUUACAUAUUCAAAUUAGCCAAUUAGCAAAUGUGUCUUGUGUCUGGCUUUCAUUUUGAUUUGUGGUGUUUGUUUUUUAUUUGUUAGAUUUGUAAGUAUUCUAUAUACAAAUAUAUAAUUUGAAACUUGAUUUUGAACAUGUUACACCACUAUCUACUGUAAAUAUGGCACUACUUCGCUAAAUCUGUAUUUAUUAUAUAUCAGAAGCACCUGUGCACUAAAUCAGUAUGCUGUUACUACUUGUGGGUCAUAAUGUGCAAUUCCACUAUAAUUUUUUUAUUUUCAUCUAAUGUGCUAUUUUAGUGUUUUCAUAUUAUAUGUGCACUAGACUGUAUGUACAGUGGUUUAUUGAUUGUAAUUUGCAUAUUAAUAAAAAUAACUUGACCCAA